GAGUAUGUGAUGAAUAGCAUAUAAGCCUGUUAACAACUCUUCUACCCGAACGAUCGUUUAGAAUCAAAGAUAUGGAUCAAGAUUGUUUGGAUUUAUUGCCAACAGAAUAUAAGAAAUAUGUUCCUCCGAAAUUCAAAGGCAAACCAAUAAAUGUGACUUAUUCAAUGGUGAUAUACGAUUUGGAUGAAAUAAACGAGGCUACCAUGGACUUCAGGCUGCACGGAUAUCUGCGCACAGAUUGGUUGGACGAGCGCCUCAUCAUUAACACUUCCAUCAUUAACAAUAGAUGCGCCGAUUAUUUGUGGGUACCGGACGUCAUUUUUGAACAAGCCAAAGUGACUCAGACAUUCGGAAGACAGAACACUCUCCUGACUAUCGAGGAAAGUAAAAGACUGCGUUCUGCCGAGAGGUAUGCCUUUAAAGUCAGCUGUAUGAUGCACUUUGAAGACUAUCCUUUUGACACUCAGCGCUGUUCAUUUUCCAUCGUUCUCAUGUCCACUUCAGACAAAGCAGUAAAACUACGUUGGGAUGAUGGAACAGCUUAUCCUUCUGUCAUGUUUGUUCGAAAAAUGGAACCCUUACAGUUUCAACUUGGAGAACUGAAAACAUAUGAAAUAACUAAUGGCUACAAUGGAGCUAAUUUCACAUACUUAUAUCUGAACAUCACCUUAAUCCGUCGAUUGACGGGUAGCAUCGUUAACAUCUUCGCUCCCUCCACCCUCAUAGUGGUCGUCAGCUGGGUGACUUUCUGGCUGAGUCUGGAAGCAGUGCCUGCCAGGGUUGCUCUCAGCAUUACAUCGCUCCUUACACUCUGCACUCAGGCUCAACAAAACAAAUCUCAGCUUCCACCGCUAAACUACAUCACUGCAGUGGAUAUAUGGCUUUUUGCGUGCAUUUUCAUGGUUUUUUCCACUUUAGUAGAAUUUGCCGUUGCUUACAACGUCAUUAUGAAAAAGAAAUCAAAGACAUCUGUGCAGCCAUCCUGCAUGCAGUGUGGAAGAAAGAUACAAUGGAUUAUCAAGAAACAUAUGGCUUGCAGCACACCUGAAGUAAAACCACAGGCAGUAUCUUCCCAAAAGAAUAUAAUUUUCUCUUGGAUUUCAAAACUGGAUGAAGUUGGACUCGAUAACAUUUGUCGAAAAAUGUUCCCAUUAUUGUUUUUACUAUUUGCUACAGUGUAUUGGGUGCAUUACUUAAAAAUUUACCAUCAGUCUUUACACUGA